ACCAGCAGUCGCUCCAGCCCUGCCGAAGUUUCACUUUUUGUCUGUGGGUCCGCUCCCGGCCCCGCGCGAGCUUUCCCGGGAUAAGUAGCGUUAGCGAGCAGGGGAUAGCCGAGCGCUGCAAGGUGGAGACAUUGAGGUACAGAAAUACAGCUGAAGACAAGCCAGUCACCUGGUUCUCAUUUGAGGCCUUUUCUCGUUGUUCUCCUGGGCGUCAUCCUCAGAGGGAAGCAAUUUUUCUUCAGUUGUGUUGUCAGCUCUUCUUCCUGACGGACUUUUGGUUUGGCUGGAAAGGGCCUUGGGGUAUUCAUCCCAGACACCGGCAUUGCAGUCUGCCAAACCUUGUGUUGUCUGACCAUUCCAGGAACUUGCUCUCUGAGUUCCAGAUUCCAACAAUGUCUCACCCAUCUUGGCUGCCACCCAAAAGCACUGGUGAACCCCUCGGCCAUGUGCCUGCACGGAUGGAGACCACCCAUUCCUUUGGGACCCCCAGCAUUUCAGUGUCCACACAACAACCACCCAAGAAGUUUGCACCAGUAGUUGCUCCAAAGCCAAAAUACAACCCGUACAAGCACUCUGGAGGUGAAGGUGACUUUCUUCCACCCCCGCCUCCACCUCUAGAUGAUCCUGGUGCUCUUCCAUCCAGCCCCGGAAACUUCCCUCCUCCACCACCCCUUGACGAAGGUGCUUUCAGGGCACAGCAGGGAAAUCCUGGAGGCAAGACCCUUGAGGAGAGGCGUUCGAGCCUGGAUGCCGAGAUAGACUCGCUGACUAGCAUCUUGGCCGACCUUGAGUGCAGCUCCCCCUACAAGCCUCGGCCCCCACAGAGCUCUACUAGCUCGACAGCCUCUCCUCCAGUCUCCACCCCUGUCACAGGACAUAAAAGAAUGAUUAUACCAAACCAACCGCCUCUAACAGCAACUAAAAAGUCUACAUUGAAACCACAGCCUGCACCCCAGGCUGGACCCAUCUCCGUGGCUCCAAUUGGGACACUAAAACCCCAGCCUCCACCGGUCCCCGCUUCCUAUACGACAGCGUCGACCCCUUCCAGGCCUACCUUCAAUGUGCAGGUGAAGUCAGCCCAGCCCAGCUCUCUUUAUAUGGCUGCUCCUUCAUCAGGACAAUUUUACAGCCAAGGCCCAGGACCCCAGGGCUAUAACACUCCCCCAGUUUCUAUCUCUGGGCAGUGCCCACCUCCUUCAACACGAGGGGGCAUGGAUUAUGCCUAUAUUCCACAACCAGGACUUCAGCCUGAGCCCGGGUAUGGGUAUGCCCCUAACCAAGGACGUUAUUAUGAAGCCUAUUGCCCAGCGGGGCCUGGCUAUGGGGGCAAAAAUGAGACCGAUCCAGCUUAUGGUCAGCAAGGUCACCCAAACACCUGGAAGCGGGAGCAAGGGUAUACUCCUUCUGGAACAGGAAACCAGAACCCCCCUGGGAUGUAUCCCGUUGCUGGUCCCAAGAAGACCUACAUCACGGAUCCCGUUUCAGCACCGUGUGCACCACCGCUGCAACAAAAGGGUGGACAAAUAGGUUCCAUGGGGCCUCCAGCUGUUCCCCCAUCGUUCCGUCCUGAAGAUGAACUCGAACACCUGACCAAGAAGAUGCUGUAUGACAUGGAAAAUCCGCCUGCUGAUGAAUACUUUGGCCGCUGUGCUCGCUGUGGGGAGAAUGUCGUUGGAGAAGGAACGGGAUGCACUGCCAUGGAUCAGGUCUUCCACGUGGACUGUUUCACCUGCAUCAUCUGCAGCAACAAGCUCAGGGGACAGCCCUUCUAUGCCGUGGAGAAGAAAGCUUACUGUGAGCCCUGCUACAUUAAUACCCUGGAGCAGUGCAGCGUGUGCUCCAAGCCCAUCAUGGAGCGGAUUCUGCGAGCCACCGGGAAGGCCUAUCAUCCUCACUGCUUUACCUGUGUGAUGUGCCACCGCAGCCUUGAUGGGAUCCCAUUCACCGUGGACGCUGGUGGCCUCAUUCACUGCAUUGAGGACUUCCACAAGAAGUUUGCCCCCCGAUGUUCUGUGUGCAAGGAGCCUAUCAUGCCAGCCCCAGGCCAGGAGGAGACUGUCCGGAUUGUGGCUCUGGAUCGCGAUUUCCACGUUCAUUGCUACCGCUGUGAGGACUGUGGUGGUCUCUUGUCCGAAGGAGACAACCAAGGCUGCUACCCUCUGGAUGGACACAUCCUCUGUAAGACCUGCAACUCUGCCCGCAUCAGGGUGCUCACCGCCAAGGCCAGCACCGACCUCUAAAUACAGUCACCUGCUGAGCUGCUUAGUUGGGGGCACUGAGAAGAAGGAAGCACAAGACAAAGAUAAGAAAUGGGAGUAUACAGGAAAGGCAAUCAAGCCGUGAGAUGGUCUCUGUUCUUCCUCUAAUAUUAACCUUUCUUUAGAAGCACAUAGAUAAUGAGUUUUUUUUUUUUUUUUUACGUUCUCACCAAAUACACAUUUCACAUUUAAUCAUGUAGGACCUUGAUGGGCCUUUGUUCGCAAGGACUUCCACAUUUUUGCACGGAUUAUACUCCAUCCCAUUCACUUCUGCAUUCCUGUAACUUUUAAUCCCUAUGUUUGUCUCACUUUUCAUCUGGUUGAAUGGCUUUUUUUAGUGUGGUAUUUGCUGUCACGCAGUUUUUCCUGGGUGAGUCGGGCCAACUCACAGGUGCUUUUAGGCUUGAAGGGUCCUUCCUGUCAGUUCCACGUGGCCUGUGAACAGGAAGGAUAGCCACUCUUUCUGUGUAUUAAAAAGUACAUCUUUCUGUUGCUCUAAACCGGUCAUGCCUCUUUGGGGGGAAAAUAGUGUGCCAUGUAUAUGUUAGGCUACAAAGAAUUUAAGCUGUAAAUUACAUAGGUUAAAAUAAGCCCAAAUUUAAUUUGCAACCAAAUUUGAUUGGAAAUUCAAAAUCUGUAGUGACCAGUGGUCAGGGCUCAUUUGAAAACAGUUAUUGAUGAGAGAGAUCCAAAGUUCACUUUUUUUUUCUAAAGGAAUUACAAGUGGGAUAUGCAGGGGAAAAAAAGCAUUUUGGGGGUAUUUUGAAAAGCUUAUUAUUAUCCCACCAUUCCCUCUUAAGAUUUCCCUUUUCCGUGCUACCUAGACCUCAUAAUUCAGACAAACUUUGUUUUCUCUGGAACAUUACAUUUACAAUACUGUCCCGCUUUUCAUCUCAGAAAUAUUGCCAUGUUGUUUUUUGAUCCAAACACAACUACCAAAGUUGAGUUUUCUGUGGGGGAAGACAGUCGUAAAGAACUGUUCCUAUUCUUCCUCCCCCCACCCCCCCACCCCACCCCAGGCCCGGGUCCUUUUUGCCUGACAACUGCAAAUCUGAGCACACAAAAUAAAAUUGUGGAGUUUUGUUUAGUUUAAUUUAUAAGACAGGAAAGCUUGAAAAAAUGGUGAAACCACAGUUUCAUCACU